UACGUCUCCAAAAUUCUACCACGGACUUUUUACGUCACAGUUUAUUUUGUCCUCAAUUUAAACUAACCUUAGCCAAGUACGUACCUGCCUACUUGGAACUGGGCUGGGUGUGAACUCAGAUACGGUGUGUGAAGUUUAUGUAAUCGUUUUCUUCUAAUAUAGAAGAAACCUAAGUGGAAUUUGUGUGUGGAACAUCAAACAACAUUUUGGCUUUGCAGUGGAUUUGUGUUUAGUAUAUAAAGUGAAGUGUGCGGAGCAAUUAAUGCCCGAUUGUUAUGCUCUUUAAACAAGUGAUUAGUGUUAUUACUCGUACAUUAUUGGAUUGUUAUCUGUUUGCUUGGACUUCUAGCAGCUCAAUGGCCGCUAUCGCAUGGGAAGCAAAUACAUAGUCAUGAACGCGAUAAAGGAGCACUCACAUCAAGCAGGGUAGCUGUUGACAAAGGUGGUGAUCUAGCCGGAGUAUGGACAUCAAUAAUGUACUGGAAGGGACUCGCCAGUACUUCAUGGGUUUACCCAAGCAAGCGCAGGCGGAAGGCAGCGGACAGCCAAUGUGGCCCGCGGGUGCGCCGCCUCACGAAGAGGGCGCUCCAGGCCAGUCCGGCGCCCCCGCGCCUUCCUCGCGCCCGCCGUCCGCCGCGGCCGCCCCGCCUUCGACACCUGCGCCUGCCGCGACCGCUGCACCACCGCGGCCGCCUUCCGAGCCCCUGGAGCCGGAGCCCCACAUAAUACAUAAGGCCACAGUGAUGCGCGAGGCGGCCGAGAAGCGGCGCGAGCUGCCCGAGCCCGAGGACGAGGAGGAGCCGAUGGACGCGCUCUCACCUCCGACACAUAUUAUUCGCAAGCCGCCGCAGCGCACCCUGCCGUCCCCCGCCCCCGCGCCGGCGGUGCCGUGUCCGUCCCCCGCGCGGCCCCCGUCGGCCGCCCCGCUGCAGCCGCAGCCGACGCCCGAGCCGCAUCCCGAGCCCAGCACGGCACAGUACCGCGCACCUUUGCAUCGCGUGCAGACACCUACGGCACGACCCGUCGAGCAUUCAGCUUCCGGCCGCCCUCCGGAUCAUUAUACCGCGUCACGUCCACCUGAAGGUUACCCGCGGUACCACUAUGAUUCAAACAUGACAGACCCUAGUAGAGGUUCCCACGGGCCAUUGGUAGCGUCGCCUCAACCGUCUGCGCCGCCGCGACAUAGCAGUCCUCAGCAAACCUAUGCGAGGCUGUCCAGUGCGGUGCCGCAGCAUGCGACGACCCGGCUGCGGGAGACGGCCACGCAUAGUCCACCGGCAACACGCUACGCGCUGCCAGCCGCUCAGCCUCCCGCACCGCAUCCGCAUAAUGACCGUGUACCGCCCAUACACCACCCGCAAACACUCACAACGGGUGAUAGACGGUCGCCACAAGUUUAUGCAACGCUGCCGCGUCACGAAUCUUCGCAUUUUGCUCGGACGCCAAUGCAUUACGAGCGGCAGCAUGCUAUUCCUCCAAGAAAAUACGAUCCCCAACAAUCAUAUCCUGGGUAUCGACAAACACAAACUGCAGCACAAACCGUGCCGAGUCAGCGAACAGAAGUGUUUAAAGAGCAUUAUCAAAUCCAAUAUAAGCAUCCCUCAAUGGAUGCUAUGAGUGCGCACUACGCAGCGAGGCCACCAGAUCGCGCACCUGCACCGCACCCUCAUGACUCGGCGCGUUUACCGACGCAACGGCCUGUAGAUUAUCCCAGCAGCAACCGAGCGGUAGACGCAAGGAGUUACCUGUACCAGAGUCCAUCGACUUCUUCCGUGCGCUAUCAACCGACGGUGCCGGUGCCCGUAGCUCAAAAUCAUCAGCAGACAAGGACUGGUCACCGACAUUCAGCGGCACCUAAACCUUCGUAUGAAUAUCCCACGUCAAAUCAUGUUCAAUCUAGUGCUCGACCAGCAACAAAGCCUGGCUUCCCGAGCCAACAGCAACGUAUGACUGUGUCAGUGACGUCGUUAGUCAAUCAAAUGAAUCAAACAAAACAGAAAAAAGAGUCUCCUUUAGAUUUAUCUGUAAAAACUGUAAAAAAUUCAGCAGAUUCUUCUACAACCGUAGACGAUGCUGUCGACUCAGCGUCGCUUGAAAAUAAGAACUUGCCGUUGCAACCGCGGCAAUUGCCUAACAGUCGACACGUUCCUCCUCAACACGUGCCCCCAUUUGGUGCGUCUCACAAAGUCGACUUUGCGCCUGACUUUACUCAAUACAGAGAAACUAACAAUAACAAUAGCUCCGCCGUAGCUCCUGGCCAUCCACCGGUACGGUAUAAUGGUACACAUGAAGCACCUCGGCCCAUCGUAGAAGCCUAUCCGCCCGAUCCCCGUCACCAAAGGUAUCAUGAUCGCACUAAAUAUAGUAUUCCGAUUGCUACUCGACCUGAAUACGCAAUACCUCGCAUAGAUCUCACCACAACGAUUCCUGAAGAACGUCAUCUUGAGAGUAGAAUCCGCGACGACCGGCACUUUGUAAUUGAGGAAAGGAAGCGGCCCGCGGGACCUAUUGUUAGCAACAUUCCGGAGAAAAUUGUCAGGUAUGAGACCUGGACAGCCGACAGUCGGAUAUCAGACCGGUCUAGUCGCACGGCGCGGGAACAACAUGAGCUAGCUAGCCAACCUGUCUACAGUUACAGUGCUCAUAAACGUUACGAGGCUUAUCCGGGUGAUCACAAGCGACCGGUCACGUCCAGUGUCUAUCAUGAACACCGUCAUGUAAACCAUAGGUAUCCCUAUCCACCCGAGGUUCUCAGCAGAGAUGUCAGAGACUAUCACCCACAGUAUGCUCCAGACAGAAAUUCGUCUAGUAAUAGCCGCCAGGUUAUACAAAAAAUUCCGAACCAUAGAGAUAUGCACACCCAUCCAUUAGAUCCUCAUAGUGGAGUACCAGCGGACAAACGAGUUUUAAGCAUACUAAGAAAUAGUUUGGAAACGAAGCAUCCGGAAGUCACUAGACCGAGGACAAUACCAGAACUUAUAGUCAUAGAUGAUGUAGAUGACUCUGAGGUUGAAAUAACAGAUUUGACAAAGGAAAACGAUAUCGACUUGGCAGGUAAAAAUGGCAAUUUAGGCAAAUCUAACACUAAUAAAAUAAAUGCACCCAUGGGACAUCAAGUACACAUGCCUAAAGCUAUAGACUCAGUGUUAAAAGAAUCAGAUUAUCAAAAAGUGGAUCCAACUACUUUAGAUCCGAUGAGUAAAUCUCCAGAAAAUGAUGUAGCUUCGAGGAUACGAACGAAGGCAGAAUUAAAAGUUAUGCCUCCAUCUCAAGAUGGUCAUUUGAAACCUGAAACAAAACUUGGUGUACCAAUAGGAAAUCACGAAAAUCUAAAGCCUACUCCAAAAUCACAAAAACAACAUCUUUUCAAUCAAAUACGAGAAGAUCUUAGGUUGGAAUCUGUUAUAAAGACUGAAAAGCCAAUCGCGUCGUUAUUAUCAGAUAUAAAAUCUGAGCCGAUGAAUAUAGAGGAGAUAGAAAAAGAUGCCGUGAUAUCGAUUAAAACUGAAAACUUUUUAGACACCGAGUGCAUUUCUAAUGCCCCGGAAGACUUAGAUUGGGCAAGCGCCUGUGAUAACUUUAUGGAACAAUUGAAAAUAGGAUGUCAUAAAAAGAAGCCGCGUAGGAAACGCACUGAAACGAUAGAACAAGAAAUUUCAGCUAGUGGUGAGAAAUCUACGACUACGAUUGCAACGUCUGAAAUAACUCCUAGUGAACCUACUCCCAAUAUUGUAAUUAAACAAGAGCCCAUAGAUACUGAUGAAAUGGAAAAUCAAAUAGUGGCUAAAACUAUAAAUGAUCUAAAACACCCUAUCGACAAUUCCUCUAUACCUAAACCUCUGACCCAAAAUAAACCAGACUCGAACAAAGUACCAGCUAUUAGAGAACCUAUUGUAAAUAAAACGGAAAUUAAAGAAAGUAUCAGAAUACAAAAACAAACUAAUUUAAAAGAACCAAUUGUAAAUCAAAAUUCAAGAAAAGAUAUUUUAUCAAAAUCAUCGGUUACAAAAGAUAUUGCUAAGAGUGAUAAAUCUAAGAACAACAAAAAACAUAAGGAUGGCGAGAAAUUCACAAGAUCGCCCUUAAAGCGUAAGUCAAUGUCAGAUAAAAGUGAAUCAACCACAUCUACAAGCACUACACCUAUGAAGCACGUUACAAAACAAAAAGAACCAAUAAAAACCGUCAUAAAAGAAGAAUCAGAGUCUACUGACGAUGACGAACCAUUAAUUAAAAGCAAGAUAAUAAAAGAAAAAGAACGUAAUGAGCGCCUCAAAUAUGCUAUGUUUAAAGAUAUGUCAGUUUAUGUUAAACUAGAAUGCUGUGAUGUAGAUGUUAGUAAAUUUACAAAAAAGAACAAUGAUAAAACCGGAAACGAUAAAGAAGAAAAACCUACUAAAGGCAAAUUAAUUAGAAAAAAUUCAAGAUUGAAAGGGAAAUCGUUAUCUACAGAUAACACUAAAAAUGAUAAACGUAAGGAUGAUACAAGCUCUGAGAGUGAAGAUGAAGACCUAACCGUAGCUAGCAGGCUGAGAGUACGUAAAACUAUUAAGACAGAAGAUUCCAAAACAACGCCUAUUAACAAUAAAACUCCCGUAAAAUCGUCUCCCACGAAGAAACAAGAUAAUAAUGUUAGCAGUAGCGCCAGUUCUACUCCAGCUCGAAAAGCAGGUUUUGGAGAUGGUUCCGAUUUUCAUCCAGGAUGGGAAGAAGAGCUGUAUAGAUACAAGCGCUCACUUCGCAUGCCAAGCAGACUUAUUGCUAUUCCUCGAGGACGCUCCGGUGGACCUUUUGUUAAAGGCGCGAACACGUUAUUUUCAAGGGGUUCUACUUCUUUGCCGGACUUAGACCCAGCUCCACUUUCCCCAGCGCCGUCUUCAGCCCCCUCUGCAGCAACUGAUGAUUUGUAUGCCAGACGUCCUGAUAAGUCAGCCCUAGACAGUGAUCUCGAUUCUAAUUCUAGUUGCUCAGUUGUUCAUAACAAUAGACUCCAUUCUGAUUCUGAAGCUUCCACCUCUACAGGGUUCUCGACGAAAAUCAAAAAGAAGGGAAGUUCUAUAGUAGAUGUCCUCAUGGAAAAGUAUGGCAAGAAAGAUGAGAAGAAAAAAUCGAAAGAUAAAGAAGACAAACUCAAUAAUACACCUAAGAUCAUUCCGAAAAGUAUCAACCCGACUGAAUUACUACCGACACCCAGCUUAGGUCUCAUGAAAAGCGGUACGAGAGGAAUUUUGAGUGCAAAGAAAGAGAAAUUGAUGGAAGACAUUUAUUAUUUGGGUGCAUUUAGGAAAGAAACUGUGUCACAAUUUAGAAAUGCCUUUAUCAAUAACACAGAUGGCCUUAUGGGUGCUACAGAAGAAUUUUCCCCGGUUGUAUUAAAGUCUAGGACAAGAACAGAAAGUAGAGUUAUAAAGCAGCGAGCAACAAUUAAAGAAGUUUUUGGAGACGAAAGGCCAGCAUCAGCACCACCGACCUCCUGUAGAGACGAGGAAGAAGAUGACGUUAAAGUAGACAAACCAGUAGAAAUUAAGAAAGAACUGGAAACUAAGGCGAAGAACAAGCCUAAGAAAAUAAUGAAGGACAAAAUGAAACGCAGAUCUAGUUCUAUACGAGAUGGACUUAGGAGUACAAAGUCACUAAAAAGAAACGAUGCUAAAGGGCGUCUGAUGCGCUUGAAGAAAAGAAACAAUUUAUUGAAAUCUUUAGCAAACAAGAAAGUUAAAGAUGUUUCCACUCCAAAGAUCAAAAAAGAAAAAAGUCCAUCUCCAGACGACAAGAAUGAUAAGGAUACCUCAAAAGAAGAGGGUAGUUCUCCGGGCACAACAGAAGCAAGUAGUAAAAGGCGGUUGAAACGUUUGUUUGGGAGAAGAAAGUUCAGUUCUGGUUUUGAUUACAUCCGCAAGAAGAAAAAAAUCAUCCGAAGAGACGAUUCGAUCAAACAAGCGCGCCGGCCAGCGUCGAAGCCUAGUCCUGAGUCAGUCCACGACAUCCAGAAAGAAAUCAAAGGCUGGUUUAUUAACAAGAGCAUCGGAGAAUCACAUCUUCACCGCGCAGCGAGAUUGGGUUAUACGGAUUGCGUGGCGUACUGUCUGGAGAAGCUAGGGGCGGAGCCGACCGCAAAAGACAACGCGGGUUUCACGCCCUUACACGUGGCAGCGGCGAAGGGUCAUGUUCGGAUCGCGAGGCUGCUGUUACAAUACGGGGCCAACGUCUCCGCUGCUGCGCAGGGAGGUAUUAGACCUUUACACGAGGCAUGCGAGAACAGCCGCAUAGAAGUAAUCCGCCUGCUGCUUUCUUACGGAGCGGACCCCCUGCUCGGAACGUAUGCGGGGCAAACACCUGAAGAGCUCGCGGAGGGAUCGGCGGCCAAACUUCUGCGAUUGCAUAUCGCGGACGUGCAGGGAACGGCCGCGGAGCCGUGGGUGUUCCCGCCGCCGACGGCUAUCAUCGACAAGGAAGAGUACGGGUGCGACGCGCUAGCGUCCCCUCCACCCGCAACGCCACCACCGCCCCCGGACGCCACAAUCGAGAUCCAAUGCACGGAGGCGCCGUUGCCACCGUUCUACAGUCUACGGCCCGCGCCUGGCCAGCAGUCGGACGGGCUGUGGUGCUUACUACAGGACAUCACCAACUUAUUACAGAUAAAAUCAAAAGACAGCCUGCUGAAGCAGAUCCACUGCGGCUCGGGAUCGCCGAAGGAACUGCUUCGCGAGAUCAGAACCCAGGAGUUUCUUGAACGGGCACAGUGCCACCAGCUAUUGUGCGCGGGCGAGAAGGUGAACGUGCGAGCGAGCAAGGUGGCCCUCGUCAGGGUCACCGACAAGCUACGGCAGCUGCUCAAGGUCGAGACUGUCCUUGUUAGCUGACACCAUCAGUGUUCGCAGAAGUGCAAGUGUGUAACAUGAGCACAGAUCUAAGAUAUGUAGAAAAGACAAAAGUUCAAAAGGCAUGCUGGUAGUAAUACGCGUAGCGGAAGCGUCGUCGUAAGGAGAGAAAACGAGGCGCAUGUAUGCUGCCCUCAGUAUU